GGAAGGGAGACGCGAGGGAGGCGGCGCGCUGCCCUUGCCGUCGUCGAGCCGCGGUGAGGGGCUGUGUGGGGCCUCCGUGUUUGGAAUCGAUUUGAAGGCAGUACCUUUACCUUUAUUCCCAUGUAAAGAAAAUGGCUUUGUCACAAAAGCCAAUGAGAUAUGGGCACACAGAAGGACACACAGAAGUUUGCUUUGAUGACACUGGAAGCUGCAUCGUAACUUGCGGCAGUGAUGGAGAUAUCAGGAUUUGGGAAAGCCUCAAUGAUGAUGACCCCAAAUCAAUUAACGUAGGAGAAAAGGCCUACUCAUUUGCUCUCAAGAAUGGACGAUUGAUUACUGCAGUCUCUAACAAUACUGUCCAGAUCCAUACAUUCCCAGAGGGCACUCCAGAUGGUAUCCUCACGCGCUUCACAAUGAAUGCAAACCAUGUGGUUUUCAGUGCUGAUGGGAGCAGAGUAGCGGCUGCAUCCAGUGACUUUCUUGUGAAAAUUGUGGAGGUAACUGACAGCAGCCAGCAAAAGACAUUUCGAGGACAUGGUGCCCCUGUUUUAAGUGUGUCAUUUGAUCCAAAGGACACUUUUCUGGCAUCAUCAAGCUGUGAUGGGUCAGUCAGAGUGUGGAAAAUUUCAGAGCAGACUUGCGAGACAAGCUGGCCAUUGCUGCAGAUGUGUAAUGAUGUGGUGAAUGCAAAAUCGAUAUGUAGACUCUCAUGGCAACCAAAACAAGGAAAGCUUCUAGCCAUUCCAGUAGAGAAGGUUGUUAAACUAUACAGAAGAGAAACCUGGGAUCAUCAGUUAGAUCUGUCGGAUAAUUCCAUCACGCAGCCUCUCAAUGUUGUGGCCUGGUCUCCAUGUGGACAGUAUGUGGCAGCAGGAAGUGUCGGCGGCUGUAUAGUCAUUUGGAACGCGGACACCCAGAAGUGCAUAGAGAGAGUGAAGCAUGAAAAAGGUUAUACCAUCUGUGGUCUGGCAUGGCACCCAAAAGGAGGUCAGAUUGCUUAUACAGACAUGGAAGGCAAUCUGGGACUACUGGAGAAUGCCUGUGUAAAUGGAAAGAAAUCAAAGCACAAGGCAUCUGCUCCUGACAUCAAAGGCUAUGAUGAUCUUUUUGAUGAGGAUGGCAAUGAGGACUUCCUGAAUGGAGACUUGGAUGAGAAUGACUGGGGUUCAAAAGCAGCAAGGAAUGAUGAAGAUGAAGAUGACGACCUUAUGAUGGUCUCAGGACGUCCUAGAAACCGAGGAGCGAUAAUUGAGGACGAUGAGAACUCUCUAGAUACUGGAUUGCUGAAAGCUAACCCUGCCUUUGAUAAGGAGGAAGAAGAGGAUGAUCGGGAAAGCCUUGCCCCGCUUCAGCCACUUUCAUCGACCCAGAGGCCUUUCUACGAUGGGCCAGUGCCAACUCCUCGGCAGAAGCCCUUCCAGCCUGGCUCCACCCCAGUACACCUCACUCACCGCUUCAUGGCAUGGAACUCUGUUGGAAUUAUUCGCUGCUAUAAUGAUGAACAAGACAAUGCCAUUGAUGUGGAAUUCCAUGACACGGCCAUCCAUCAUGCAAUGCACUUGCCGAAUUCUUUGAAUCACACAAUGGCAGAUCUUUCCAGUGAAGCUAUGGUACUAGCCUGCGAGAGUACAGAAGAGCUACCAAGCAAGCUUCACUGCAUCCACUUUAACUCCUGGGAUUCCAACAAGGAAUGGACAGUCGACAUGUUGCAGGACGAAGAGGUUGAAGCUGUUUGUUUGGGCCAGGGCUGGGCUGCUUGUGCCACCAGCACCCUUCUGCUUCGCCUGUUCACAGUUGCGGGAGUUCAGAAGGAGAUCUUCAGCAUCCCUGGUCCUGUGGUGUCAAUGGCAGGACACGGAGACCAGCUGCUGCUGGUUUUUCACAGAGGUACUGGCUUUGAAGGGGAGCAGUGUCUUGGGGUGCAGCUGAUAGAGCUUGGAAGAAAGAAAAGACAGGUUUUACAUGGCGACCCACUUCCCCUUUCCAGGAAAUCCUAUAUAACAUGGGUAGGAUUUUCAGCAGAAGGUACCCCUUGUUACGUGGAUUCAGAGGGUGUAGUGCGCAUGCUGAACAGAGGGCUUGGUAAUACCUGGACUCCAAUCUGUGACACAAGAGAUCACUGUAAAGGGAAGUCGGAUCACUACUGGGUUAUUAGCAUUCAUGAAAACCCUCAGCAGCUCAGAUGCAUUCCUUGUAAAGGAGCCCGCUUUCCGCCUACGCUGCCCCGUCCUGCAGUAGCAGUGCUGUCAUUCAAGCUUCCUUUUUGUCAGGUUGCAACAGAUAAGGGUCAGAUGGAGGAGCAGUUCUGGCGUUCUGUCAUGUUCCAUAGCUACCUGGACUACUUGUCCCAAAAUGGAUACGAACAUGAUGAAGGUGUGAAAGGCCAGGCAAUCCAAGAACAGCAGAAUGUUUUGAUGAAAAUGUUUGCACUUUCCUGCACACUGGAACGUGAAUUUCGCUGUAUGGAGCUUGCUGAGCUGAUGACUCAAAAUGCCAUGAGCUUAGCUAUUAAGUAUGCCUCUCGCUCUCGGAGGCUGGUGCUUGCCCAGCGGCUCAAUGAACUGGCAGCGGAGAGAGCAGCGGAGAUGGCGGCUGCUGAAGGGCAGGGCACGCAGGAGGAGGAAGAGGAGGAGGAUUUCAGAAACCACCUGAAUGCCGGUUACAGUAACACCCCCACUGAAUGGGGUCAGGCCCGGGUCAGAAAUCUUCAGUGCCAGCAAAGUAUGGAGGAGGAGGAGGAGGAGGAGGAAGAGGAGGGCACAUCUGAAGUGACAAAACCUAGACUUCCCACACUUGGAAGUGCAUCUACUCCCAAAUCUGAAGCUGCAAUUGUACCCAGCAACCAAGGGCGAGUCAAUCCCUUCAAGGUAUCCAGUAGCCAAAAGAAUCAACUGGUUCAUUCAGCUAAUAUCUUAGACAACAUUACCAAACUGCCCAAGAAAAAUUCCACUCCAAAUGGCCGAGCUGCUGCGAACAAGGAGAAGUGUCCAGUCAUAAAGCCACUGGUUCCCAAGCCGAAGUCAAAGCAGGCUGCAGCAGCUGCGUUUUUCCAACCCCGAGCACCUAGUUCUGCAAAGAAGAAUCUAGAAGAGAGAGGAGGAAAAGCUGAAACACCCCUGCCUGAAUCUCAAACUCCAGCUGAGAGCAGUGACAACAAAAGGCCAAAGACUGGGUUCCAGAUGUGGCUGGAAGAGAACAGAAGCAGUAUUUUGGCAGAUAAUCCUCAUUUUGAAGAAACUGAGAUAAUCAAAGAAGGCAUGAGUCGAUUCAGAAAUCUGUCUGCUGAAGAAAGGAUGGUUUGGACUGAGAAAGCCAAAGGAAGAGAAGCCGGUGAUCCAUCUGAAGGGAAAAAGAGGAAGCGCCUGGAAGGGGUCAACAGAGAUGGGCAAGAAAGCCAAGAAAAAAGAUCGAAAGAGGACACAAGCUCAGCCAAAACAUCCAAUUCCUUUGAGCAGGCUACCAUUUCAAAGCUAUCAGCAUUUGCGUACAAGCAAAACUAAACUAACCUGUGCCUUCCUAAGGACAUCUUGGUGAUUUUGUUUAGACAGCUGCAUGAACCAGCCUGCCAACAGGGAGCUGAAGACAACAGCUCUACAAACGAGGGUGGGUUUUGUGCUAAUUGUCCAGACAAAGUUACAGUUUGUAGAAAUAUGGCUGCACACCUGAUGGUUGCAGCUUCAAUCUUUACCUGCGUUGCAUAGAGUAGUUGUAAAGCUAUUUUGCCAUUGCAGUUAAGGCAUCACCACCGUAUGCCAUGCCACAUAUUGCGCUAGUCCCAAUAAGUCUGCUUCCGUGAGCCAAGAUCAAACAUCCCCUGAAUAAAACUUGUUCUUUCAAUAGUGCAACAUGUUUCUUUUUGCACAAUGCAGCACGGCAGUAGGAAGCAGGUAUGAUCAAGGUGAAAAGGCCAGGGUGUCAUUUCCAGAGAUGUCCAGUGUGCCAGGUUGACACCAAGUCGCUGUUCUGACCUGUUGUUUCUCAGUACUACUCUUUUCUUGUAAGUGAUAGAAAAUGUGAAAGCCUUUGUUGGGUACCGUCACUUGGUUGGUUCGCCUGUUGUCCAAUAACAAGGCUUGUAAACGUGUUGGCUUGUCUCAUUUAUCUGCUGGCAGGUGAGCUGGGUAAGUGAUGGAGCCAGAGUGUGACCCCUUUGCCACACAGCCAGGUUGAAUAGGCUUCACUCAACCCACAUCCAUCUGGUUUGUGUAACUUUCCCCCCAGCCUUGCAGAAGAAAAGAAUGGAGGAGAGUCUUGUAUCUUAGGUAACACAGUGGCCAGCACGGUGCCUUCCAGAUGUUGUCUGAUUUCAGUUCUCAUCAGCCCCACCCAGCUUAGCCAACGGUCCUCAUGGGAGCUGUGCUGCACAGCAUCUGGAGAGUACCCCGUUGGCUACCCCUGUCACAGGCAUGUGGGGCAUCAUUGGGUAUAUCUGAGUUCCGUACAGCAAAUUUUCCACAUCUAAGUGUUUUGUAUUUUUAAGUUGUUGCCAUUACUAAAUAAAGUGGUGAUAUUUUUACAUCUUCA